GCGUUGGCCACUUUGCGGUUUCGCGUCGGAGCAAGCGGCCGUUCUUCUUUGACGCCAUUAACCUUCACCCCAAGCGCACUCUAAUUUCAUACCCUCCCUCUGAAGAAGAAGAAGAAGCAGAAGAAGGAGAAGCGCAGUACCCACCCCAACAUGGCGCACGUUAGAAGUAAGCCGAACAUCCUGGUGACUGGAACCCCAGGAACGGGGAAGACGACGACGAGCUCUUUGGUCGCAGAGGCGACGGAACUCCGCCACAUCAAUGUGUCAGAGCUCGUCAAGCAGAAGAAUCUCCACGACGGCUGGGAUGAAGAGUUCGAGUGCCACGUCAUCAACGAGGACCUGGUAUGCGACGAGCUCGAGGACAUGAUGGAAGAAGGCGGUAACAUCGUAGAGUAUCAUGGCUGCGAUUUCUUCCCCGAGCGUUGGUUUGACUGUGUGGUGGUCCUUCAAACCGACAAUUCCGUAUUGUACGAUCGCUUGGCCAGCAGAGGUUACAUGGGUUCGAAGCUUAUGAACAACAUCGAAUGCGAAAUCUUUCAAGUGUUACUGGAUGAGGCGCGAUCAAGUUACUCUGAGGACAUUGUGAUGGUGUUACAGAGCGACUGUGUCGAUGACAUUAGUAGGAAUGUGUCUGCACUGAUAGAAUGGACAAAGAAUUGGCGGCCAAGAUCGUAAAUGGCGGCAAGAUUUUUCCGACGUGGCUGUCCAAGAUAAGUAUUUCUUAGUAACCCAUGUAUGCUGUUUUCCUCUGCUAAUUAAAUACAUUUAGGUGGUGUGACGGAGGCAGACAUUUGUUGCCAUUACUGGUUUUAUUAUGGUUGCAUAGAAAUGAGUCCAUGAUCUUUAAAUGUGACCAUUUUGUUC